CGAUCGUCUGACAUUUCAUUUUGUUUUCGUCUGCGUGUGUCAAUUUCGCUACGCAUUUUCAGAUUUUUGGAUUUUGUUUAAAAAAUAGUCGGAUUUAUAUUGUGCCGAAUAGUGUUAACGAUCGAAAAUUGUAAGUUUAAGGGUAAGUCCCACGUAGAACGUUGGUUGGGACUGAUAAUGAGAGAAUAUUAGAACGGAAUUAAAAAAAUACGGGAAGAAAGAUUUCAAUCAACAAAUAACAAAAAUGUCGGCCGAAUCAGCAGUCUACGAAGCACUAAUGUAUGCCUGCAGCCAAGAUGCUCAGAUGUUGAAACCGGCCGAACAGAAACUGGCAGAAUGGGAAGUGCAGCCUGGAUUUCAUCUGACUUUGGUAAAGUUGUUCUCUGAUCAAUCGGUCGACGCAAACGUGCGAUGGAUGGCUUCGUUGUACUUCAAGAAUGGAGUUCUCAAGUAUUGGAGGAAAAAUGCACCCAAUGCUAUUCCAGUGGAGGAAAAAAGUGAGAUUAAAAAGAUGUUGCUGUUGAGAUUCAAUGAACCGGUACAGCAAAUAGCCGUACAAAUCGCUGUGCUUAUAGGAAACAUCGCUCGCUAUGACUGCCCUCAAGAUUGGAUGGAACUGGUGCCAACCUUGGUAGAAGUAGUCCAAAGCAAUGAUCUGUUAGUGCAGCAUCGGGGAUUGUUGAUUCUUUUGCAUGUGGUAAAAGUUCUUGCAUCGAAAAGAUUUCAACGCGACCGAAAUCACUUCGAGGAACUAACAUCAAAGUUGUUUGAUUUUAUUCUCAAUUUGUGGGACGCGUUUACACAGCUAUUUUACACAAAUAUCCAAGAGCAAGCUACACUCGACUUAUGUGCUACUAAUUUGGAGAAAGCAAUAAUAUCCCUACGAAUUCUGAAAAAGCUGACUAUUUUUGGGGUGUCAGCCCCUCAUCUGAAUCAGAAAUGUAUGAUGUUCAUUCGCGUUGUCUUUCAAAGGCUAAAGGAAUUGCUGGAUUGUCGACUGCAGGUCAAGCUUAUAGAAAAACGACAACAACUUCCUAAUAAAUUAUCAGAACAGGUGGAGAAAUUCAUCAUCAAACAUAUGAAGUUCUUGAACUUGUUCUUCGAUACCCAUCCUGCAUCGUUUGUGGAGUUCAUUCCAGCGGCCUUUGAAUUUUCAUUCAACUACGUCUUCCACGAAGGGACGAAUCUUAUCUUCGAGGAUAAUGUCAUCACAUUCCCAAACUUUGCCAUACAGUGCUUGAAUCUGAUCAAGGGAAUUUUGUCACAUAACUUAAUACACGUGGAUCGUGACAAAGAGCAAAUAAUCAAUGCAGCAAAGAACGAAUUCUUUACACCCGAACGACUGAGCUACAUCUUUGAAAAGAUCAUCAUGCAUUACUUUUUACUUACUUCUGAAGAAUUCGAACUGUGGGACAGCGAUCCGGAAAGCUAUGUUUCAGACGAAGGUGGCGACUCAUGGAAAUACAAUCUAAGGUCAUGCACAGAAGCGUUCUAUAUGAUCUUGUUCCAGAAAUAUAGUCCCAUGUUGAUCGUGGAGCUUCAGAAGUUCAUAUCGAAAUCUCAAUCGAUAACGUUGACAGAAACAUCUGACCUCAGCGAUCUUUUGAUCAAAGACUCGAUCUACAAUGCUACCGGACUAGCUGUAUUCAACCUGUUUGACGAGAUCAACUUUGACCAAUGGUUCACUCAACAACUGCUUGAGGAACUAAAGUUCAAAUCACACAAUUUCCGCAUAAUACGUAGACGUAUCAUCUGGCUGAUAGGGCGAUGGACAGGAGUUAGCUUUUCCAAAUCUCUGCGAUCCGACGUUUAUCGAGCCUGUGUCGAGCUGUUGCACCCCUCUGAAGACUUGGCGGUUCGUCUUACUACAUCAAAGACACUGAAAAACAUCAUGGAUGAUUUUGAGUUCGAAGCAGAGCAGUUCCUCGAAUUCCUGGAACCUGUUAUUGCAUUGCUGUUCACCCUCCUAAAGGAAUCGCACGAAUGUGAUACCAAAAUGACUGUUUUGUAUGUGAUGUCAUUCAUUAUCGAAAAGAUGUCGAUGUGUAUCAAACUGGAGGUGGAGAAUUUGAUCCAAUAUCUUCCUUUACUGUGGGAAGAAAGUCGCGAACAUGAUAUGCUGCGCUGUGCCAUAAUCUCAACCUUGCUGCAGAUCAUAAAAGCAUUAUAUGAAAUUCCUUCACCGGAACCGAUAGUUGCAUUUAUUUAUCAAAUCAUUGAGAUGAGUACAAAUAUCAAUGAACCGUCGCACGUGUAUUUGUUGGACGAAGGCUUAGAGUUGUGGCUAAUCGUCGUGCAAUACAGCAGAACGAUGAACCAUGACCUGCUGAAACUCUGUGAUAAUUUGCUUCCCUUAAUCGAGCAAUCAUCCAAUAAUCUGCGAACAUGUCUCGCUAUAACCCAGACAUACAUCUUCUUGUGUCCCGACGUAUUUCUACCACAGUAUGGAAAGGAUAUCAUAAAAACCUGCCACUACCUUUUGACUGAUCUGCGUACGGAAGGCGUGAUAGUAAUCUACCGAUUGUUCCUUACCGUUCUGCGAAUUGCACCAAAGUAUUCUAUUGAACUGCUAAGGCCCUACCUGGUUGAAGUAUUCAAGAAAUACUACGAGCACGAAGGAUUCAUCCAAAUCAACCAAAUCUACCUGCAGAUGAUUGCGAGGAUUUUGAUACUCGACCAGGUCACUUUCAGCAUGAUUCUUAGCGAAAUGGGAAUCCCUGAUGCUAUGGAUAAGAUCGUAACGUCUUGGUUGGUGGACAUGCCUGCGGUGGCAAGAAACAACGAGAAAAAGCUUUUGGCCUUAGCUCUAACGAGUUUAAUGACGGUAUCAAGUGAUAUUAUUUUUGAGAACUUCAGUACCAUUAUGGCAAAUAUUAGCGCAACGCUCAACGACAUCACCAACGAAGAUGAGCAGAGUGGUGCUAAAGUAGAUUCCCUCAUUCUUACUGACGAUAACGAGGCAGAAAUAGGAAUGAUGAUGUUCGGCUAUGGGUUUAUUGACACUGAAAAUAUGCAGAACGAAACUCCUCAUUACGAUCGAUGUCGAGCUGUCUGUUUGCAAGAUCCUACGCAUGUUAUUGUAUUAAAGGAUUAUUUACAAAAUCAGCUAAUAACUCUGAAAGGAACGAUUGGAGAUGAACGAUACCAAACACUGCUCUCACGAAUAGAUAUUCAAAUACUGAAGGAGCUCAGCGAUUUCGUUUCGCUAGGGGUGCAGCUUCCAUUACAAGAAGACUUACAUUAACGUUGUGCUUGGCUGCAGUCAUCAUGGCCUUUUAAUCAACUAUUUUAACGUUUCCCAAAUUGAUGUUCUCAUUUAUCAAACUUUUAUUUAUAUCCUGUCCAUCCAUCCUGAAAUAUUGGCAAUGAUGAUACAAACGUAAAUACGCUUCCUUAAGUUGUUAGUCAGUAGAUAUAGAAAGAUUCACAAACUAUCAAACAGCUGUCUACUAUUGGAUGAUAUGUAAACGGUAACGGUCUUAUUUGAAUGAUAUUGUUGAUCAUGAACGUUCGAAACUGUCGAGACAUUUUAAAAAUAUAUGUUUUUUUUUUUGAAA